GAGUUAAGGUGAUGAGUAGAGUGAGUAAGUCAAGAGCAUUUGCUGAAACAUGGACAGAUGGAAUAUCUCCAAUGGCAAUGAUGGUAUUCAAUACAAAUGUAACAAGAUCAAUGCAGUGCAACAUUGAAUGGAAUGGUGAUGUUGGAUUUGAAGUGUUAGAAGGGGUAUACAAGCAUACUGUGAACUUGGGUCAACAAAAAUGUAGUUGCAGAUCAUGGGAAUUAAAAGGUAUCCCAUGUGCACAUGGUAUAGCAGCAAUGAACCACUUGAACAUGGAUGCAUCACAAGCAAUAUCUAGUUGGUAUAGAAAAGACACAUAUAUGAAGACAUAUUCUCAUUUCAUUCAACCAGUCCCAAACAUGGAAAUGUGGCCUGAAAGUAGAAACCCAAUGGUUGAACCACCUGAGGCAAGACAAAUGCCUGGUAGGCCACCAAAGAACAGAAGAAGAGAAAUUGGUGAAGUGAGAAAAGCUGGAAAGUUGCCAAGAAUGGGGACAGUAAUGACAUGUUCACUUUGCAAAGGACCAAAUCAUAACAAGAGAAAUUGUCCAAAAAAUCCUAAACCUAAGUCUACACCAACACCCACUCAAGAGUCCACCACUGGAAAAAAGAGGGGUAGAGGUCAUUAUGAAAGAACAAGCACCAGUAAGACUGGUACAAGAAGAGGUGCAGGAAGUGGUUACAAGAAGAGGCCUAAAGUUGUUGGACAAGGUGUAUUUGUUGCUGAUACUGGAUAUACGUGUAUUAAUCAAGGAUUGUCUAGCAGAAGGAGGGUUAAUACUGGUGUGGUGAGUUCUGCACAUGUGACAGGUGAUAUUGGUUUUAAACCUACCAAGGGACUGAAGUGGAAAGGCAAACAGGCCAUGACUCAAAGACAACUUCAAGUCGAAAGUGUUGUGCGUCGUAUUCAAACCAGAUCAAAAGCUGAUGGCAUUCAAACAAGGUCACAAGCCAAAGGAAAAUCACUCUCAAAGAAAACUUCUUAGUUGUGUGGUUGUGGUGUCCAACCAAACUUGAAAUAGUGUUUUAUGUGGUUUUAUGUGUUGAUGAAUCUAUGGUUGUUCAAACAAACUUAAAGUAGUUACUGUUUUAUGUUUUGCUAGUUAACUUAAGUUAUUGUGGUUGUUGGUUGGUGCUUGUGUGGUUAUUCAACUAACCUUAAAGUAGUGAUUGUUUUAUGUUUUGCUAGUUAACUUAAGUUAUUGUGGUUGUUUGUUGAAACAAUGAAACACU